UAAUGACGCAAUGUAAGAUUUAACCGACUUAGAACAUCCAUAAACACUAAGAUGACCUGGUGAUUAUGAUAAUUAUGUUGACUAUGAUAAAAAAAUUUUAUGAUGACGUUGUUCAUGUGGGUCAUUGUUCUAUCAUUCUUAGAAUGGACGAUGGUGAAGUACCAACAAUAUCUAUAUACUCAGCUGGUACCCGUAAACAAUAUCGCUCACGUAAAGCAUAAACUCUUCCAUUUUUAAAAAGACAAUAUAAUUAACAUCAUAGUAUUGUCCUGUAAUAGUCAGAUUCUUUAAACCACCAGCUGAAUUGUGUUAUAUAGAUGGUGCUACUGCCGAUAACAAUCAGCUACCGAUAACAAUUAUGACGUAUAUUUAGCAGUCUUCAUGAAAAGUAUUAGCAAAGUACUAGCAAAAAGUCACGCCAUGGAUUUCUGAUGGAACACAUUCUAAAUCUUCAAUUCAUUGUUCCAGCUAUAUCUAUUGAAACAGGAAAUACUAAGCCCGUGAGAUCGAAAAAAUCCGUUGAAUUAAAAAUGAGCCAACUUGCUACCUUGCCAAAAUACCGCCUUGAUCAGAAAGCAGAAUAAAGCGACUUUGCAGUAUAGAGUACUAGAAAGGGGCAUUUCUUGGACAUUCAGCACAACAUAUGUUUCUUAUGAGGAGGACUGGAAGAUAACAAGCAUGUUUGAAGACUCUUAUUUUACGCCUUCUGAGCAUACGGUGAUUGCCAUUGCUUUAUUUGUUAUCUCCUUUGGCGGCGUCAUUUUCAACAUCUUGGUAUGGAUUAUCGUGAUAAGGAAUAAAAACUGGCGAAGCCCAAUGAAUAUUCUUCUACUGAAUCAAACAUUAGGAAAUGGCAUCGCCGCUCUUUCUAGUAAUGCCUAUAUCUACAUUCUUCGCCCUGACAAACUCACCAGUUCAAAGAAGAUGCAACAUUUCAUUUGUGCGUUAACAGAAGGUCUUGGGCCUUUUUUUAUCUGUUAUAUAUCGUCAUAUAUAACCCUCUGUGCUAUCAGCUACAAUAGAUUUGUCAGCAUUCGAUAUCCAUUGAGAGCGAAUUUGAGGUUUACAAGCAAAAUGUCUGUGAUAUUCUGCAUUUUGUCAUGGCUUACUGCCUUCGUCUCCAUGAUGCCUAGUAUUAUUCCUUUGAAAUACGACGUAAACCUGAGAAUAUGCAACCGGGAUUGGAAAUCUUUCAAUGGCUUAGCUUACCGAAUAGCUGCACUAUUUCUAGGGAUCAUUCUUCCGACAUUGUUUCUUUGCUUAAGCUAUUUAGCAAUCUUCUUAAGCUCUAAAAAAGUGCAAAAUCAGGCGAAUUCUAUACAUGAUAUCAGGAGGAAAAGGCGAUUGAGAAAAGCAGAAAGGACCCUUGGUUUGUUGAUAUUGGUGUAUUUGGUGUGCUGGAGCCCUUUUUUUGCGUACUGGGCCAUAUCAACUUUCACAAAAACCCUUAGUCAAUACACGGUCAAUGGAGCAAUCAUGACCAAUCGCUGGCUGAGAUGCUGUGUGUUGAUUAUCUUAUGCGGUAGUGUCCUGAAUCCAUUGAUUAACAUUUCUGGUUGUAAUGAGCAUAAAUCUGGGGCUAGGGCGCUUAUGAAAUCGAUCUGCCAAAAGUUGCUUCCGAGAACAGGCAGUCAGGUUAAUGCAAUGAACGCUUAGUGUAGACCAAGGUGUAGGCCAAGGGAAUUCACAAGGAAGAAGUAUGGCAUUUCUUGGCAUUUCUUGAUGCAGAAAUGUCUACAAAAACUAUAAAUUUGCUGAACUUUCAUUCAUGUCUCUGGCUUUUCCUUCCGAUUUGAUAUUACAAUAAUGCAAUAUUGUGUUUUAAUGAUGUAGUUUAUAUGUAUAAUUAUAGCUGAUUUCAUCAAAAAAAGAACUUUCAACUUAGUUCAAGCUAGUUUUCCUUGGUUAGUUCUAAUAAUACGCUUGAAUGCAGAUGGCAAAAUAUUUCUCGAAACUUCAAUUCCAUUCACACACAGGGCAAUGUGAUGACUAAAUGGCCCUUUUGCCUUGACGUUUUCGAUUCUUCAUGAAAAUAUAGCAGACCGAGAAAGUUGCAUUUGAUUGGUUAUUAUUCUAACCAAUCAGUGCCUUUUAACUUACUAAUGUCAUUGGACUAACACACUUGUGUAAGUCUCUUAUACACUUGCGUGUAAGUGUGCAAGUCUCUUAUACAGUUGAACAAAAUCAGACCGAUUCUUAUUGUACUGCUACGCAGGAGGAUGGGACAUUUGCUGUAUUUAUAGUCAAGCAAAGGGUAGUGAAGAGUCACUUACAUAUCUUGUGCGACAGCUCCUUGUGGCCCUCUUGCUAUAAGAGAGAAGGGAGCAAUGGUAUUAAGCGAAGUUUGCAAAUUUAGCUUGCAAAAAAUUUUCAAGUUCAUUAAUUAAAAUCUGUAUGUCUAUAUGCUUUGAAAAGCCUACACUGAAAAGUUCAAGAAGAAGAUAAAAAUUUCCAUUACUCCUUGGAUGAUGAAACAUUUGUGACAGACAUUAAAAAUGUAAAAUAUUGAUACUAACAUUUACUGGGUUAACGAUCAGUAGAAAUAAUUCGUAGUUUAAAUCUAAAACCUUACCGAGUUG